UAAAACUAAGCACAGAGAGCGAGCAGAGAAGGGCAAGAACAGGUAAAGUUGGUCGGGGUAAGUUUCAGUCUUACACAUCCCGGCUGAUUGCCAAGUUUUUUGUUUUUCUCAGCGUGGUGAGAGAUAGCAAAUCAGAAAGCAAGAAAAGCAGCAAACAAAAGGAAACCACAGGACUAGAAAGCAGAAGUAACAAGGCGAGGAGGGAGAGACAGCGGUUGAACGGUCGCACAGAAAGUGAGGAAGAGAACGAGAAGAAGGAGAGACGAGGAGGAGUGUGAGCUGUGCAGCGAGGGGGUAGCGUAGGAAAACAAGAGGAGACUCAUUGACAGGGAGGACGGACUUAAAUCCACGGACUACUGACAUCAGCAAAACAAAAGGAAGAGGAGCAUCAGAGGAGAGAGGUCACUGCAGUCCAGCAGCAGAGGAGCUCGCCUGUGGGCGUCUGCUAUGCAACCGAGACAAGUGAGAUAGACAGAUUCAAGCUCAGGCAAAGUUCACCCAGGCAGUCCUCACUCUGACACCAUGUUGGUGAAAGAGUACCGCAUAUGUAUGCCACUGACUGUGGAUGAGUACAAGAUCGGACAGCUGUAUAUGAUCAGUAAGCACAGCUGUGAGCAGAGCGGUGGGGGAGAAGGCGUGGAAGUGGUGAGGAAUGAGUCAAACGUUCACCCUCAGCACGGCCCGGGACAGCUGACCGAGAAGCGGAUCUACCUCAGCAGCAAGCUGCCUUCCUGGGCGCAAGCGUUUGUCCCGCGAAUCUUCUACGUGACGGAAAAGGCCUGGAACUUCUACCCAUUCACCAUCACAGGUGCUUCUGUUUGUGUUGAACAUCAUAUCGCUAUCACCUCAAUGCAUUAUACACAACUUAUUUACUUAUAACAGCUGGUAUUCCAAGUUCCAAUCAAAUAUUUAUCACAGCAGUACUCACUAUCGUUCCUCCCCAAGUUCAGCAUCCGCAUUGAGACGAGAUUCGAGAACAACAACGGCGAUAACGACAACGUGUUUGGGGACACGCCGACCCCAGCGGAGUGUGUGAGUUUCCUGGAUAUCCUGAGUGACCCCAUCCCUGAAAAGCACUACAAAGAGGAGGAGGACCUGAGUCUCUGGCAGUCAAAUAAAACUGGCAGAGGGCCUCUGGAGGAGAGCUGGAGAGACGACCACAAGCCCAUCAUGUGCUCCUACAAGAAGGUGCAGUGCAGCUUUGAGGUCUACGGCUUUCAGACCAGGACUGAGGAGUUCAUUCACAGAAACAUCAGGGACAUUCUGCUGGUCGGCCACAGGCAGGCGGUAGCAUGGGUAGACGAAUGGCACGGGCUGAGUUUGGAGGAGGUGAGAGAGUACGAGCAUAUGAUGCAGGAGAAGACCAACAGCAAAGUCAAAUCCAGCCAGAACAACCCAGGGCCACCAGCAGCCUCUCGUCCUCAGUUCUCUCGCUCCAUCUCGGUGACAGACGAGCGCUCCCUGAAGAAGAUGGGAGUGACGACUGCGUCCAUGCCUGACCCUUCAGUGUCCUCAGUGCCACACUGUCGCCUACACUCCACCCCCGAAUGAUGCUACACACAUGGCUACGCACACAGCUUCUCAAUCACACGCACACACACACACUGAUCGAGCACUCUGCACAAUUCAAACACACAGAAACCCACAGUCAGCACUUACCAGAAUCAUGUUACUUCUCAAAUACACACAGUCGCAGAGCUACAUGAUCCGUAAAGGACCAGCUCAACAUUUUGGGUAAAAUGCUUGUUUGUUUAGAUGAGCAGAUCAUUGCCAAUUAAUAUAAAGCUACAGCCAGCAACUGGUUAGCUUAGCUGAACAGGGGGGGGGGGACAGUGUCGCACAGCCAUUGUAUUGGCAUCUCCACAACGCUGUGUCAGCAUUAGAGGAGGGUCUGGCUGCACCCAUUAUCAUUCUGCUAUAGGGGGAAAAACACUCUGGCUUGUUUUUAUUUCUUGAAACCAAUUACUCGUCUUCUUCGGGGGGGCUAUAGAGCUUAUAAGCUCAGGAUGGAGUAACGGUUGGAGCCCUUAUAAGAAAAUGGUUAAUUCCCUGCAAGGAAGACGAAACAAAAAUCAGUAAAAAACGUGCGAUUAACAAUUGUCGUCAGAACUCGCCAUCGUCAGUCAAUAGGUUUGCAGCUCAGUUUCUCAAACCAAGUACAUUUAGAAAAUAUCAGAGAGAAAAUCUGAUUAAUUCCAAUGUGACAGUAUUCACCUAACAGCACCUUUUAAACUCACAAAUUAAUACAAAACAAUGAAAUGCUUUACGGUGGGUGAUGCACUGCACAAUUUCUUAUAUCACUGUAUAACAACCAAUUGUUUUUAUAACCAGUUCAUGAAAUAUGUAAAUAAGUGAUUUUUUACAUGUGGUGGUUGGUGGAUGUUUAAACCACUUUGACAGAGCCAGCUUUGCAGUUUCCUGAAAACAGAAAUUGAAUCAGCGCUUUCCCCAAAUGUCCUUUCGCAAUUCACAGAUAUAUAUGUAUCCCCAAAUCUUGCAGUUCUUGUCACUUAAUGUAAAAACCACAUGAACACAACAAAGAGACAUUUCCAGUCUCUCUCAGUAAUUUCCUCAGCCGUAGUGGAGCUCACCAGCCACCAGCAGGGCUCUCCGAUUGUUUCCCAGCACCCAGCCUGUGGCCUACAGACAGAUGCAUAAGGAGUUUAAUAGAGUGGAUCUAAUGAGAGAGCAGAGGAGAAGGGGGGGGGGGCUGUCAAUGCUAUGGAUCUGCUCCCCUCUCCACCUCAAGCCAAUAGGUCAGACCAGGUGUAUUGACAGAGGGCAGCCAGGCGUUGUAUUGGUUCCUUGAUCGCUUAGCUGAGACCUGCAAAUGGGUCAAGCCGGGACUAAACUUCAAUUAUGAGUCAAUGAUGUGAGCAUUCUUAAGACGAUGAGCUUUUUUUUUUUGUAUAUGUAUAUUUUUAGAAGUUGUCAGGGAUCAACAACUGCAAAACGCUGAAAGAAAAUACUAUUCUGUUGCCUUAUAUGUGAAAUAUUCACUUUAAAUGAUGAGCGAUGAAUCAAGUCGAAUUUGUACAUGAAAAUUACC